GGCCCUUAUAGAAGGUCAACGAGGAACGGCAUAUCUUCUCGGCAAAAAAAAAAUAGAAGUCUUUAAGAUAAGACARUUAAACUAGGAAAUAAGGAUAUGUUUUACUAGAAGUGUUGGCGUUUCGGAGUCAAAAGAAGUUCAAAGCUACGCCGGAGAUUGGGAGAUUAAACUUGCAAGUUUAUAACGAGACUUCUCAGGAUGCGAUUUCUAAUUAAAAUAGGCCUUGGAUAUCCUGCCGAUAUAAAGCUGACCUGAUAUUGGAAAUUCAAGACCUAAAAGUCGCUCUAAAAGUCCUGGAUUCAAUUAUAUGUUGAAAUUUCAACGUGUUUUUUGAGAUAAAGGAAGCAAUCUGGGUUGUGGAAGUACUAAAGAGUCCGCUGAAUCAGCGGUUGUUCCAACUCCAGCUGUCGGGAAGGAAGGAACUUCAACCAUGGAGGCUCCGAAAAUCAGUUUUCCUGCCGUAAAUUCGCCUCAGAGAGCGACUUCCAGCGGCUCAAUUCGAGCUAAAGUAGCUCUUAAACCAGGACGGAGUCUUAUGGAUUGGAUUCGGUUGGGAAAUAGCGGGAAAGAUUUGACUGGAGUUGGUGGAAAACAUCGAGCUGUGAGCUUCGAAGAGCUCKCCAAGCACAACAAGGAUGAUGAUUGUUGGAUCGCUAUUCGAGGAAGAGUAUAUAAUAUCACUCCAUAUCUUGAGUAUCACCCCGGUGGUAUACCAGAAAUAAUGAAAGGCGCUGGAAUAGAUGGUACAUCUUUGUUUGAUGAGGUUCAUAAGUGGGUCAAUGCAGAGUCCAUGUUAGAGAAAUGUUUCGUAGGACCUUUAGAAAUGUCAAAAACAAUGGGCCCCCCGAGGCRAGGAUCUAAUAGAUCACUAAACAAGUCGACAGGAUCACUCAAGUCUGCCAAUUCACUGUCAGUUGCUGAUACUACAGCAACCAGUGGGUUAAAUCGACCRCAGCUUUCUCCAGAAUCAUCAUCACCCAGAUAUGACUGGUAUCAAAAUGAUAAAAUAGUUACAAUAAGUAUUUAUACAAAAUACCAGGAACUUAGCAUAGAAGAUGUUAUCAUGGAACUUAAAGAAGAGAAAAACUUUGAUGUAAUUUUGAUAUUAGGAGAAAAAAGUUAUGAAGUUCAUUUAGAUCUUGAAGAUAAAGUUACUGAUCAAAAAGUUCGGGUAUCUAGUAGCGUAGGAAAGGUGGAUAUAUUACUUACCAAGGCUACAUCAGGAAAAGAAUGGAAGACAUUAGGAAAAGCACUUGACGGCAACAAUUCUCUCAAAUCACACAAGAGCAGAGACUCCAGGUUUUGGGAGUGUACCUUAGUUUCCAUGCAGGAGGUGACGCACAACACAAGGUUAUACUGUUGUGAGUUGCCGUCUGGAGUGCAGAUGAGAGUACCUAUUGGGCACCAUGUUCAUAUCAAGAGAAAUAUACAAGGGAUGGAGUUAACUAGAAGCUACACAGUAGUCCUACCUUCUCUUAAAGUAGAUCCAGAGGAAAGAGAGUUUGCAGGACGAAGAUUCUACUUGAUGAUAAAACACUACCCAUCAGGAGCAUUAACACCCUCACUGUUACCACUUGUACCAGGUGAUGAAAUUAUUAUAAGUGAUUACAGUGGAAACUUCAAGGAUUCUCGCUUAUCAUUAGCUAAGGAAGUUUGUUUGCUGGCAGCAGGCACAGAAUGUCAAGCUUCUGUUUGCAAAUCAUGAAGAAAAAGAUAUUCUGUGGAGACGUCAGCUGGAUGAGCUAGCUGAGAUGUCCAGCCAAAAUUUUCAGGUACAUUAUGCUAUAUCUAAACCCACACCAGAAUGGGACGGCUAUGAAGGAAGAAUCUCAACAAAAAUGCUAUUGGAGACCUUACCCCCUCCUCCCUCAGAGAACAAUAGUACUGACUUGUUGAUUUGUGUUUGUGGACCUGAUCCUUUUACACAUGGCAUUCUCAGUAAUACUUGAGGCAAAUAAUUUUCCCUAAAUUUAGAGUGUUUCAGUCAUAAUAAGAAAAGCAACGAUUAGUAUAUGUAAUAGGACUCCAUCUUAAUUGGACGAGGAAAAUUCCGAGGACUGACCAAAUUGGAUGAGGCCUAGGCCGAGUCCUAUUUGGUAGUCAGAGGAACUUUUCAAGUCUAAUUAUUUCGCUAUUGGGAAGCAGGAAAUCCCAUUACCUAUUAAUUAUAUAGCUGCCUGAUUAAUCCCAUAUCAACAAGACCUGUCCAAUUAAGAAAAUAAUUGGACAGUUACCUAUAUGGGAUUAAUGAGAAGCUGUAUAAUUAUAAUGAUAAAUGAACCACUCUAUUUUAUGAUUACAAAAUUUAUAACUACUGUGUAGGAUGACUUACUUGAGGUUUAUGGAUCAAAUUCAUGGUUCUGACUGGUGUUUGGUGACCACAAACUUAAACAGAUUAACACUAAAAGUUCUGACCUCUAGGAUAUGACUACGCGAUUUUUUUAAAUACAUUUUGUUCAAAGUUUUACUGUCCUGUGUGGGAAUACAAGGAAUUUCAAUAGUGUCUUUGAAAACUGAUAUUUUUCUAUUUACAGGGCAACCUGCUGUACUAUGAACACUUCUACAAGUUUUUGGUCUACCCUUGACAUCUUUUUGACAAAUUGUUUUAAUUAUGAUUUAAUUGUGCUCUACUGCUAACCAAUCAGCACUUCACCUUGAUGUUUGGAUAGGCGGAGUUCGUACAUCGAUUUAAUGAUAUCAAACAUUAAAGUGAAGCACCAAAACAAUUAAAACUUGUAUGAAACUUUGUUGGGUGUUUACAGUUCAGCGCACAGCACUGUAAAUGAUUGUGAGACAAAAUUUUGAUUUUGGAAAACAGAGUCUAAGCCAUGAAUACUGUGCUGUCUGACUUCGCUUGUUGAAACAGAUAUCAUUAUGACAUCUAG